GCCUUUUUGGCUUAAGCCCUCUGGCUCAAGUCGGAUCAAGCCAUCUUCCGUGGAUCUGCAGCUCGGCUUCCUCCACCCAGCCACGGAAUAUGUGGCGCGCGCUCCGCCGUGAGGUUCGCGCGGCCGCAGCCUUCGUACGGGGAGAGCGCUGCUGCCGAGCCCCUGGCCAUGUGCAGUCAGACAUGCCUGCCCGCUUCGCCGGGGCAGCUGCCGCGGUGUCCUUUGCCGCUGCGGCGUCCCGCGAUUUUUCGAAGGCGGUUGCGUGUGCCGACCGUGGCGGCAACCCGUUGCUCGAGCGGCCACCGCUGUUCCCACGCUUCGCUGAUGUCCGUGUGGAACAUAUAGCCCCAGCGAUCAAGUGGAGCAUCCAGCAUGCUGAGAAGGAGCUGGCCAACCACGAGGCCAACAUUGAACAUAAGCUGCAGCAAGGUCUGACGCCGGCGUACAACGAGUUGGCCGACGCCCUGGAGCGCAUCGACGCGAUCGUCAGCGAGCCAUGGCAGAUGGUUGGACACCUCAAGUCCGUCAAGGACAGCGACCAGCUGCGCGAGGUGCACCAGGAGAUGCAGCCCCUUGUCGUGGCUUUCGGUACGCGCAUCUCGCAGAGCGAGGCGUUCUACCGCGGCUGGUGUGCGCUCCGCGAUGACCCAGAUGCAUGGGUGCCGCUGCUUAAUCAGCAGCGGCGUGUCGCCGAGCUUGAGCUGCUAGGCGCGAAGCUGGCUGGGAUCGGGUUGCAAGGCAAGCAGAAGGAACGUUUCAAUGAGAUCCAGAAGCGACUCGCCCAUCUGUCGACAACUUUUAAUAACAAUGUCCUGGACGCGACCAAGUCAUUCAAGCACCGCCUUGACCAGAAGGAGGAAGUCGAUGGUUUGCCGGCCUCCGCCCUGGCGAUGAUGGCCGCGAGCGCACGGAAGAAUGGUGACUCUGGCGCAACGGCAGAGGACGGACCUUGGAUUGUCACCUUGGACAUCCCCUGCUACAUGGCGUCAUGAAGUACGCGACCAGCGCAGCUCUGCGCGAGAAGGUGUACCGCGCCCACAUCACGCGCGCAUCCGAGCACGGGCUCGGGGGUGACAACGCGCCUGUCAUUAGCAAGAUCCUGAAGCUCCGAGCGGAGAAGGCUGCCCUUUUGGGCUACUCCUCUUUUGCCGAGCUGAGCCUCGCCAAAAAGAUGGCGACCCUCGAGAGCGCGCACAACCUCAUGGAGGAUCUGCGCUCGGCGAGCAUGGACGCGGCCAAGGCCGAGCACGAGGAGCUCGAGAAAUACGCUGGCAAGCGGCUGGAGCUGUGGGACACUGCCUUCUACGCGGAGCGCCUCAAGCAGGAGAAGUUCUCCUACGACGAGGAGACUGUGCGGCAGUACCUGUCCCUUGACAACGUGCUGCAAGGCCUGUUCGGCGUGAUCUCUCGCCUUUUCGACGUCGAGAUCUCCGAGCGGAGCCCGAAGGAGCUGGGAGCGCAGGUCUGGGACGGCGAGGUGCGCACCUUCGAGGUGCGCCGGGAGGGAAAGGCCUGCGCCUACUUCUACCUCGACGCCUACACCCGGCCCGGGGAGAAGAAGGGUGGCGCAUGGAUGCGGGGCGAAAAGCAGCGGUCGAGGGCGCUUGCAGAGCCGGGCCAGGAGGUGCAGCUCCCAGUGGCGCACAUGGUCUGCAACCAAUCGGCGCCCGUGACGAACCCUGAUGGCACUGUCACUCCAAGCCUCAUGCUCUUCAGGGAGGUGGAGACCGUGUUCCACGAGUGCGGGCACGCGCUCCAACACAUGCUCACGCAGGUCGACGAGGGGCACGUCUCGGGCAUCAGCGGCGUCGAGUGGGAUGCCGUGGAGCAGCCGUCGCUGUUCAUGGAGUAUUGGGCGUAUGACGUGCCCACCCUGAAGUCCAUGGCUAAGCACUGGAAGACCGGUGAAAGCAUGCCCGACGACCUCAUCGGGAAGAUCCGAGCCGCGAAGACAUACCGCGCGGCCUGGAUGAUGACGCGGCAGCUGAAGUUCGCGCUGACCGACCUGGCGCUGCACGACGCGGCCUUCGUGCCCGGGGCGGCCGGCGGGAAGACGAUCUGGGACGUGGAGCGGGAGAUCGACGCGAAGACCUCCGUGGCGCCCUCCCUGCCGGAGGACCGGUUCCUGUGCGGCUUCGCCCACAUCUUUGCGGGCGGCUACGCGGCCGGCUACUACUCCUACAAGUGGGCGGAGGUGCUCUCCGCCGACGGCUUCGCCGCCUUCGAGGAGGGCGGCCUGGAGGACGAGGCGGCGAUGCGGCGGCUGGGCCGGCGCUACCGCGGCACGGUCCUGGCCGCAGGCGGCAGCCGGCCGGCGGCGGACGUCUUCGAGGACUUCCGGGGGCGCGCGCCGAGGGCAGACGCGCUGUUGCGGCACCACGGCCUGACUGCCGGCGAUGCCGCAGUGGUGCCUCAGGCGAGACUGUGAGGCUUCGCGCUGUGGCGUUGCAUCAGCGGGAGAUUCUGCUUCUCGUGUCACCUGCGGUCUUUUCUCAUGUCCGACGUGGGCUCGACGUGGGUUCGACGUGGAUGCGGCGCGGAUUCGACGCGCGUUCGACGGGGACCCAACGCGUUCGACGCGGUGCGGAGGGCUCCGAAUUGUUUGGGACUCGAGUUCCCCUGCUGGGCCCCUGUUGGGUGUUUCUCGGCAGCCUCCUGGUCUUCGCUUCGGCCUCCGAGGCCCUGCCGGGCCAGGGUUCGGGGCUGCCGUGGACGCCCUGCAGACGAAGCCAAGCCGUUGCGCGAACGUGCCUCGUAAGCAUUAGGCGCUACAUUUAAGGCGGGUGUGUCCCUCUACAGGAGGAGUAUUCAAG